AUGAGGCGAGCAGGUCGGAGGGGUAAUGUAACUCUUAAGUUCUCCGUGGAAGGUGGAUAUCACUGCCUAACCUGUAACGUAAUUGUUUCUGAAAACUGUAUUAUAGAACACUUGAAGUCAGCUGAGCAUAAUAGUGCUAUUGUUAAAAAGGACUUAAGUCAAUAUACUCACAGUAAUGAAAUCAACGCAGAAGAAAAGGUACAAAAGAAUAAAAUCAAAAAAGAGGGCAAUAGUGACCUUGUGAAAGAGAAGCCUGAGACAAAAACAUUGACGAGCAAAAAAUCUAGUCCUGAUGAAAACAAAUUAAGCUCAGGGCCUCUACUGAUGAAAGAGAAGCCGGUUUCUUCGAAGUCUAUAACUCAAGAAAUGGAAACCUUCGCGAAGCAUCACGGCUUGUCUGUUAAUAAGUUUAAUCAUACAGUUUAUUGUAGAUUAUGUAGUUCACAAGUUCCUGCCACCAUGAACUGUGUGAAAGAACACGUAUUAGGAAAGAAGCACAAGGAUAACUCUCUGAAACAUUCCUCCUCCAGUCAACGCAACAAAAAAAAUAUUAAAAAAAUAAAUAUGAAAGACUUCAUAACAAGAGUUAGUCGAUUUGAAAAUUUGGAAGGCAUGUUUAUAAUUAUUAACGAACAAUUUUAUCUUAAAUCUGGAGAUUUUUUCGGAGUAUCAUUAUUUUCUGGUAAACUCGUUUGUCAGUUUUGUCAUAUAGAUCUAAACGAAGAAAAUUUAGAGGCACACAUAAAGUCUACACUACAUAAAAAUCUACUGGAAAAUAGUUUUGUUAUUACUUCAUUGGAAGACGAGUUUGUAAGACAGGUGAAGUCUGAUUUGUACCACUGUGGCUAUUGUGGUGUUGUGGAGAGCGACUUUGACGAGAUGUUGGAUCACCUGGCCACCACUCGACACAAGAUGUGCAGGGCUGAAAGUGAAAAGAUUCUACAACGUUUGAAGAUGGAAGAAUUCAUUAGAUUUCAUAAUUUUAUGGCGUUUUUAGCUCACUUUUAA